AUGGUGAAACCAUCGGAUUUCAGAGCAGUUCAAGGGUUUAUUCGGUUGCAUUACAGUCGGGUCAACCCGGUUACAAUCGGCCGAUCAAACCCAUCGGCUUUGUCUUCUCCGGCUAUUCCCUCGAACGGUGUUUCACAGUUUCAGUCUAGGUUCAGCUUCCACAGCUUAUCAUCGAAACCCACUUCCACAAACGUGGGAUCAUCACAGAUUCUGUCUAGUCCUAAGCUUAAUCCUCCAAAAUUGCAGGCUUUGGGUUUGCCUCGUGUGAAUUUGAGUUUUGCAUCGGCGUUUAGAUUGGUCUCUACUAAGAGCACUGGAUUUCGUAAGAUUGAUGAGAGUUUUGCGAGAAAAGUUGUUGACAAGCCUGUGAAAGCCGUUCGUUCAACUUUUGCUAGAUACCGUGAAGCUAUAGGGUUGCACAUUGAAGCAUUUUUUAAAAAGAAUAGUCUUGUUUUGUUUGGAGCUGGUGGAGUUUUUGUAUGUAUUUUCCUUUGGAGGAUUAUGUUUGGAAUUGCCAACACUUUUGUUGGACUCUCAGAGGGCAUGGCUAAGUAUGGGUUUCUUGCACUCUCCUCAGCCAUUGUAGCGUUUUCUGGAUUAUACCUCCGCUCAAGGUUCACAAUAAAUCCCGAUAAAGUUUACAGGAUGACCAUGAGGAAGAUCAACACAGCAGCUGAAGUUCUAGAAGUUAUGGGCGCUCCUCUUUCAGGUUCAGAUUUACGAGCUUAUGUGAUGUCAGGUGGUGGCAUAUCAUUCAAGAAAUUCAAGCCAACAAUUAGGAGCAAGCGCUGCUUUCUACUAUUCCCUGUUCAAGGUUCUGAGAGAAAGGGACUUGUUAGCGUCGAAGUUAAGAAGAAGAAAGGCCAGUAUGACAUGAGGCUUUUGGCGGUGGAUAUUCCAAUGGCGUCAGGUCCUGACCAACGGUUAUUUCUGAUUGGCGAUGAAGAUGGGUACAAAGUUGGUGGUGGUUUAAUCUCUGAGUUAAGAGACCCUGUUGUGAAAGCCAUGGCAGCAACUAAGGAGUUCGAUAAUCUUGACAGAAUCGAAGAGGAAGAAGACGCUGAAAGAGAACUUCAAGAAGCUGAAAGAAAGCACCGCGAAGAGAUCGAGAAGCUCGAGAAAGAGAGCUCCAGCAGCAACAAGAAGGCUCAAAUUCGGUGCACGAAAGGGACCUGCUUUUUGAAAGGAAAGGUUCAUCCGGUGACUAGAAUUGAGAAGUGGGAGGAGAAGAUCAAAGAAGCUAACAGUAACGGCAAGAUUCUGGUUGUAAAAUUCAAGGCGUCGUGGUGUGUACCUUGUAGAGAAAUGGCACCAAUAUACCAGGAACUUGCGUCCACAUACACUUCAAUGAUAUUUGUUACUAUAGACGUCGAAGAGCUCGCUGAGUUUAGUCAUGAAUGGAAUGUGGAAGCAACUCCAACAGUAGUGUUCCUCAAGAAUGGAAGGCAAAUGGAUAAACUUGUAGGUGGAGAUGCUGCAGAGCUUCAGAAGAAAACAGCAGCAGCUGCAGAUCUCCUUCUCAGACAAUCUUAG